GCGGCGGCCCAGGCGGCGCCUCGGCCCGGCCCUCCCGAACUUGAGCUCGCACGGGGGGCAGGAGCCGCCGCUGCGCUCCGCGUAGCCCAGGCCCUCGGCUGCCUGGCGCCGAGCCCUCCGCCCCUGGCGUGCCCUGGCCUCUCCUCCCCAAGCUGAAAGAGGAGGGAUGUCCGCUGCCGGCUCCGCUGAAAUGAUUGAAACCCCCCCGGUCCUCAACUUCGAAGAAAUCGACUACAAAGAGAUCGAGGUGGAAGAGGUUGUUGGAAGAGGAGCCUUUGGUGUGGUCUGCAAGGCAAAAUGGCGAGCUAAAGAUGUAGCCAUUAAACAAAUAGAAAGUGAAUCUGAAAGAAAAGCCUUCAUUGUGGAGCUUCGACAACUGUCACGAGUAAACCAUCCCAAUAUUGUCAAGUUGUAUGGAGCCUGUCUAAACCCAGUGUGUCUUGUUAUGGAGUAUGCUGAAGGAGGUUCUCUGUACAAUGUGCUGCAUGGUGCUGAACCUCUGCCUCAUUAUACUGCUGCACAUGCCAUGAGUUGGUGUUUACAGUGUUCCCAAGGAGUGGCGUAUCUCCACAGUAUGAAACCAAAAGCUCUAAUCCACAGAGAUCUGAAACCACCAAAUUUGCUCUUGGUAGCUGGGGGGACAGUUCUAAAAAUCUGUGAUUUUGGUACAGCUUGUGAUAUUCAAACACACAUGACCAACAAUAAGGGAAGUGCUGCUUGGAUGGCACCUGAAGUUUUUGAAGGCAGCAAUUACAGUGAAAAAUGUGAUGUUUUCAGUUGGGGUAUUAUUCUCUGGGAGGUAAUUACCCGUAGGAAACCUUUUGAUGAGAUUGGUGGUCCAGCUUUCCGCAUAAUGUGGGCAGUUCACAAUGGUACUCGGCCGCCACUGAUCAAAAACUUACCUAAACCAAUUGAGAGCUUAAUGACCCGGUGUUGGUCCAAGGAUCCCUCACAACGACCAUCCAUGGAGGAAAUUGUUAAAAUAAUGACACACUUAAUGCGGUACUUUCCAGGAGCAGAUGAGCCUCUGCAGUAUCCUUGUCAGUAUUCAGAUGAAGGCCAGAGCAACUCUGCCACUAGUACAGGUUCGUUCAUGGACAUCACUUCCACAAACACAAGUAACAAGAGUGAUGCUAACAUGGAACCAAGUGACUUCCAAGGAGCUUCUACCAAUGACACAAUUAAACGAUUAGAGUCAAAAUUGGCACAGCAAAUGAAAAAUACAGCCAAGCAGCCGGGUGAUCCUGGCCGUUUGAGUUUACCCCCAUCUCGUGGGAGCAGUGUGGAGAGCUUGUCAGAUGUUCGUGCAAGACCACAGUCAGCCCUUGUUUCAGGAGAAGCCAAAAGGAUGAGUGCUGACAUGUCUGAAAUAGAAGCAAGAAUAGCUUCCAUCACAGCCUAUUCCAAGCCUAAACGAGGCCAUCGUAAAACUGCUUCAUUUGGCAACAUUCUGGAUGUCCCUGAGAUCAUCAUACCAGCAGGAAACGGACAGCAGAGGCGCAGAUCCAUUCAAGAUCUUAGUGUUGCUGGAACAGAGUCCAGUCAGGAGAGCAGAAACAGCAGUAGAUCAUCUAGUCCUAGUGUGAGAAUGAUCACUACCUCGGGACCAACCUCUGAAAAGCCAACUCGUAAUCCAUGGACACCUGAUGAUGCAGAGACCAAUGGGUCAGAUAACUCCAUCCCAAUGGCAUAUCUUACAUUAGAUCAUCAGUUACAGCCUCUAGCACCAUGCCCAAACUCCAAAGAAUCUAUGGCUGUGUUUGAACAGCACUGCAAAAUGGCACAAGAAUAUAUGAAAGUUCAGACAGAAAUUGCAUUGCUGCUGCAGAGAAAACAAGAACUAAUAGCAGAACUGGACCAGGAUGAAAAAGACCAGCAGAACACAUCCCGUCUGGUACAAGAACAUAAAAAGCUGUUAGAUGAAAACAAAAGUCUCUCGACUUACUAUCAGCAAUGCAAAAAACAAUUAGAGGUCAUCAGAAAUCAGCAACAGAAAAGGCCAGGCACAUCAUGAUUUCCUGGGACCUUUCAAAUGAGAAAAUAUGCACAGAAAAGACUGAUUAUUUUUUUUAUUGAUAUUAUUAUCCCUUAUUAUGACAACUCAUGAGUGUUAGCUUCUUGGUGUGAUCUGUAUUUGUCUGCUACACUUAAGAUCAUUUAAUUUUCUUUUUCCUACGGUGGACAUCCAGUUCAACGGGUUAAUCAGAUAAGGUGAGAAAACAGUGACUUGAAUUAACCAACAGCCCUCAGUUUAGAUCAAGAACAGUGGCUGUGUGCAUGCUCCCUGUGUGAAGGCUGGCCUAACAAGUGUUAAACUGGCUGCUAAAUUGUAAGAUCUUGGUUUUAGUUUCUGCUGUUACCUCGAUAAAAGCAAAACAAAAACUCGCCUGUUUCAGAAUAGGUUUGUUCCAGUGUCUCAUCUCAAACUGUUACUAUGACAAUUAUUUUCAGGACUUAAACAUGCACCAAGCUGCAGAGGUGAUGCUGGCUGGCGAGGGUAAUCGUGAAGCAGUAGUGAUGCCUCUUGCCUGUAGAUGUAGUGUAUUUUUUCCACAUGCAAAAUGGUAGGCAAACCAAUGCCAGCAUCCUUGGCUCAGUGCUUGAUAGCCCUGCAUUUUGACUAAUACACUUGUAUUCUUGUGCAUUCAUAAAAUAGUCAAAGUAAAAGGCUGUAUUUUCUUUACUUUAUAGGGGAGGAUGGCACGCAGUUUCAUAUAGUUACUGGGCAAAAGUUACCAUGGUGUUUCACUGGGCAAAGUAGGUCCCUUGUAUAAAAGAGGGAAAGAAUCAAAAAUGUGUGAAAGUAUGUUUUAAGCCUUUAAAGCCUUUGUCCCUGUAGCAUCUUUGAAAGAAAAUUAAGAAAACAAACUAAUACAGAAUUUUAAAUACUUAACUCCCUUUAUAUUACUUCCUGGAUUUAUUUUUUUUUUCUUACAACUUACUUGCUGAAAAGCAUUUACCAUAACGUAAAUAAGUUUGUUUUGGAUAGGCAAAGAAGGGUUUGGGAAAUGAAUUUAUUUUAAAUAGCAAAUCAUGAAAUGGAGCGGAGUAUGCAAGUAGGGGAAGCUAUUUAAAAAAUGAGGGAAAUGGCAGAGAUCUCUAUCAGGAAUCUCAGUUAUUCUACUCAUUCGACUGUGGUUGAAAGGAAGUCCAUCACAGAAUGCCUGCUGCCUUCCCUGGGACUGAAGAAUUGCAUUUAAUGACCUCGAGCAGAACAUGUAAUGAUCAGUGUCAUUAUUUACCACCAUUACUCGUUUACAUUGCAGAUUGUUUAUUUGGAUUAUGAGUUACCUUCUAAGUGGUAAAAAAAAAAUGAGGAUCUUCUAAAUAUAAUGCAAAAUAUUCCUUGACAUAAACUCUUGGUUUACUCAGUUGUGGGCAGGGUUUCAGUCCCAAUCUUUUGCAAAAGGAAAAAAAUGGGGAAUUCAAGUUUAGCUGCUGAGCCCUCAAAAAUAUAAGAGAAGUAAUCUGAAAUUUGACUUCCACUUAUUUCAAAUGAAUAAUUAUUCAUAAGAGCCAAUGAGCAGAGUAUGGAAAACCAUUAGUGGUAGAAACCUCAUAUUAUUUUCUUCUUCCCCUGCUGGCUUACCUGAUAACAAGCAUAAGUACUAUUGUGCUGAUCUGUGAACAACAAAAAUGACCAAGAGUUUAUUAAACAGUGUCAUCCUCUCUUGAAAAUAAAUCUAUUGUUGGCAAGCCUUUGGGAGUCAGGAACCCUUCCCUCAUUUUAUUUAAAUAAAGGAAGGGUUAUCAUUCCCAAAACUUUAGCAGAUAAUUUGAUUAGUUAGCUGAAACUGAUAUUGGGGAUCAGCUUAAGGGCACGCAUAUUUAUAGCAAAAUGUAAUUGGCAGAGAAAAUAACUGAAGUAUUAGGAAUAGCACAAGUUGUCCAGAGCAUUGCAAUUCACAUACAUCUGUCCAUCUACCAAAAAGGGACAUACUGGGUGGUCAGCAGCUUGCUUAACAGAUGCUGAAGCAUGAAGUAGAGCAGCAGAAGUGCUCAACUUCAGUUGCAUGGUUGAUAAUUUGCAUACACAAAAUCAUUUCCCAGGAGAUUUUACAGUUUGCCCUUGUCACAAGAGAUACACUUGAGGUGAAUCAGUAUUGCAGAUGAAAGGUCACUUUCUGGCAGAGUGUGAAUAAAAAAAAGUGAUUGAAUUCCUAAUGUGAUGGUACAUAAUACAUAAAUCUGUCCUAACAGUUUCUUUUUGGGGUUUGCAUUAAAAAGGGUCUAAAAUUGUAAAAGCAGUACUGUGCUUUCAUGCACUGUGUAACUUUACUCCAUUCAACAAUUGGGUAUAUUGCUCUUGUAACUUAAAAAGGGAGCUUGAAGUUUGACCUUUUGCCUUCAGAUUGUCCCUUCUUAAUUCCACCAGCAUUUAGAAAAAUAUUUGUCCAGAUUUCUCAGUGUUCAGUGUGUCAAAAUCUGUGUAUCAUGAAAAAAAACCAAACACAAAAAACAAACCUUUUAAGGGUAGAAUAUAGCAGUUUGGACUAAGAAAUGUUGAACAGCUUAACUUUCAGUGACCUUUAUUAUUUUCAUAAGGCUCUUGUUUUAAAAAGUUGUUUACAAAUGUACUUUCAUUUUUCUGUUAAACUAUCUUGAGUGUUCAGAUUUUUUUUUUCACGGACUCUUUUGUCCAGUUAAAGCUGUUUCUCUAAUCAUGGAGGUGAAACAUCUCGUUUCCUCUGGGCACUGCCUUCUCAGAAAAUGUAACAGGCUCUGCUUUUUGUUACAGUAUGUGUUCUGUAAGAUAUUGUGUAAUUGAAAGAAUGCUUCUGUACACUGCACAGUUCUGCCAAAAAUGCUUUUUUUAGGCUUUUUGGGGUUUUUUUCUGACGAGAAGUUGAAUAUUGUAAUUCAAAACUUGUACAUAAAAUGGUGACUGAUUUCAUAUGA